AUGCUCGACACGCAAGUGGGGAAGCGGAAUGUUGUCAUCGAUUUGAAGAGUGUUGAAGGGAAAUUGGAGUUCAGGGCGCUACUUGAAGAGCGGGAUGUUUUGUUGGAUAAGUAUAGACCUGGGGUGAUUGGUCGGAUGGGAUUUGGGAUGAGAUUGUGCGGCGGAGGGGGAGGGGAUUAUGUGUGCGCGGGAGCAAACGUAUGGGUGGCAUGGGGAGCGGUAGGAUCGCUGGAAGGUUGCUGGGGACUUGAUGAGUCUGCCGCGCCGUUGCUUCUGAACUCGGAUUAUCAGACGGGCGUUGUUGGCGCCAUUGGAAUCACGCAUGCACUGUAUCAACGUGUUGAGGAGGAAGACUCCUGUAACGUUGACACCUCUCUGAAUCAGUUCAACAACCGGUACCUGGAUCUAACUCUCCAUGAAGAAGAGGCAGUAGCACCCAUCAAAGCCAAAGACCUCGAGUUUAAAGUUCUCAGUCAUGACACUGACUUGUUCACACUGGUCAGUAUGACGAAGCAGAGUUUGCGCAAGAGUCACGGCAGUGGAAAAGACGAGCUCUUCGAUCCACCUCGGUUCACCGUAGUCGAGAUGUGCUAG